AUGAGACAAUUGAGAGGACUUUCCCCGAUUAACCGCAAAAUUUACGCAGUAGCAGAAUUAUUUAAGCGUGCACGUUUAAAUGUGCUUCAUUUACGCAUAAUUUCAGCCUCAUUUCCGCACCAUCCGCGUUAUUUCAGCGGUGCAGGCAAAUUCUUGGUAAAAAUUUCCUACCCCUUGUGCAUGGAUGGCAAUGUAUACUCCAUUCACAACAUAAUUUCAGCACUGACCGCUUUAUUUGCGCAAAUUCCAACCUUAUUCACCCACCAUUUCGGCGCUGACCGCUUUAUUAACGAAAAUCUGGCCUUAUUCACGCAUUACUUCGGCGCUAACCACUUUAUUGAUGCAAAAUUUCCGCAUUCUGUGAUUAAAUUACGCAAAAUGUCACAUUCUUUCCGCACAUUUCCUCGAGAAAUGAAAAAUAUUUACAAGAAGGUUUCAUCCUUCAGAGACGCUUCCAAGAAACCCAACUGGUCCUCCGUUACCAGUGGAAAGUGGACAC